CAAGGUGGAAGAAAAGAAUCUGACAGAUUGAGAAACGCAAACCGGAGGGAGAGCCAUGGAAGACAUAUGGAAGAGGGCGAAGAGCUUUGCAGAAGAAGCGGCGAAGAGAUCCCAGACCCUCACGAACUCCGUCACCAUUUCCGACUUGGUCACGGAAACCACCAAGAAAUCGAAGGAGCUGGCCGCCGAGGCCUCCAAGAAGGCCGAUCAGAUCAAAACCGCGGCGCUCAAGCAGGCCGACCAGAUCCAGAUCAAGUCCCUCUCCCUCUCUCUCCCCGAUAUCAUCAUCCCUUCUCAGCUCUCCUCGCUCUCCCUCGCCAAUUCCUCCGCCUCCGCCUCCGCUUCCUACUCCCCCUCGGAGCUCCGCAAGUUCGGAGUCACCGACGAUCUGCGAGAAUUCGUUAAGGGACUCACUUCUACUACAUUCCAGAACUUUCCAGUCCACGACGAAGCAGAGGCGUCAGAUGUGGCUACGACGGGGUCGAACGUGCGGAAGGAUCUGACGGAGUGGCAGGAGAAGCAUGCCACCAUGGUUCUCACCUCCGUUAAGGAAAUUUCAAGAUUAAGAUAUGAAUUGUGCCCGCGUGUUAUGAAAGAAAGAAGAUUCUGGAGAAUAUAUUUCACUCUUGUGAGCAGCCAUGUGGCUCCGUAUGAGAAGCAAUACAUGGAGGAGGUUAAGCUCAAAGCAGCAGAAAACAUAAAGGAUGAUAAAGUGGAGCAAACUUCCGGAGGAGAAGAGAAAGCAGAAGGGGCGGGGAAGAACCUAAAGGGUAAAGGUUCCAAUUCAUCAUCAGCUGAGCAGGACUUGGAUACGUUUCUUUUGGGAGAUCUUGAAGAUAGUGAUGGAGGUCAAGAGGAUGGUGAGGGGAGCUUUGACGAUGAUUUUGACAAGAUUGACAAUUCAGAUGUUGAAGAUGAGAAGCAUACGAAGGAUACGGCAGCAGCAACAGAUUAGAACCCCGCCGGUUGGAGGGAAAUACAAAGUAAAUGCCAAGACUUGCUUAUGUGACUAAGGCACUGGUGAUAUCGAAGUUAAUAUGGUGAUUUCUUAGGAGGUGCAGCGGGUAUAUGGUUGGCAAAUCCGAAUUAGAUGUUAUCUGUGUUCAUUUAUGUGUUUUAGUGCUAUAUAAAUAGUGGGAAGCUAUGAUAUGAUGCCUUUUUAGGCUGUUGGCGGACAUAUUUGACCUUAACUUGCCUUGUACAGAUGACUUGAUUCCGUUGAUUCAUGUUUGGUUUUUUAAAUGUUAGAAAUUCACCUAUAAGUGAAUAUUCUUUCGUAGUCUUGA